GAUUAUGUUUUGUAAAUCAAGUAGCAUUUUGGUAAGCAUUUUGUAAAUCACCACAUCUUUCGAUAUACAAAAAAUUGUCUCAAAAUUUGGUAGCAUUUUCUGUAUUUUUAUCGUCACGCUUAAUUUUACGUUUACUUUUACUUCCAAAAAAUUGUCUUGGUCCUCACCUAGUAGUAGAACACAGCGCGCGGAAGUCUUUUGCCAGGAACGUCGUUACCGGAGAAGAAUCAGUUCUAGCUAUGAAGAAGGCAAGAAAAACUAAGGAGGCUGCAAGAUCAUCUAAGAAAAGUAAUGCUAAUGAAAAAAAUGUUCCCGUACAUCCCCCUGCAUCUGUGCUAAAGCGAAAGGCUGCCUCCUCUAAUGAAUCAGAGGUGGUUGAUGAUUCUGUAGAGGAUAAACCAUCUGUGGAUGGUGUUGUAGACAACAUCCAAGCUACGGACAAUACAAAUGUUGGGGCUAUAGUCUUAGUUACAGACGAUACAAAUGUUGGGGCCAACGUCUCAGCUACAGACGAUAUAGAUGUUGGGGUUGAUGCCGAAGCGACAGAGCCUUUUCCAGGAGGGCCAACAGAUACAUCAUUGCUAAAGAGUUUUAAGAGUCAUGUUGCUGCGGCAGUUUGGAAUAAUGAGGAACGUGGUCCGCUAAGGUGCAUGUCCAAGUGGAAUACACUGAAAGAAUGGAAAUGGCAGGACAAGCAAAAUAAUAACACUUUUAGGAAGUACAUUACAGAGUCAUGUUUGUUACCACUGCUGGAGUGUACUUAUCGAAUUGUUGAUAAGAUAGUGGUCUCUGCUUUUGUUGAGCGCUGGCAGCCGGAGACUAAUACCUUUCACCUACCGUUUGGUGAGAUGACCAUUACUUUAGACGACGUUUCAAACCUCAUAGGGGUUCCUAUCACGGGCAAGGCGAUCUCUUUACAAGCAGAUGAUGUCAUGAGUAAUCAUGAACUAUUGGUAGAGUUAUUAGGGGUUAAUGACGAGGAGGCAACCGAGGCUUUGAGCGAGUUCAAUGAAGAAUAUGUGACUCUUUCUUGGUUACGAAAACAUUUUGAAGGUGUGAGUGAUACAGACUCAAUGGAAGCAAAUAAGUGUGCAGCUAGGGCUUACUUGUUGUACUUGUUGGGAUGUACUCUUUUUGUGGACAAAAGCGGGACUAGGGUACAUGUUACUUAUCUAAGACUACUUAGGGAUCUUGAUGCUGUAAGAGGUUAUGCAUGGGGUGCUAGUGCACUAGCUUGGUUAUAUCGUCAGUUAGGGCAAUCAACUAGAUCUAAGGUCAAGCAAAUGAGUGGCUAUAUGACCUUGUUAGAGGCAUGGGUGUACGAACACAUGCAUCUAAUUUGUAGCCCUAAUUAUGACCAAAAUUACUCUGAUAUUGACCCUCGUGCUUGUCGUUGGAAGCCACGAAUGUCUAGUGGAACCACGACAGAUGACUUGCAGAAGAUGAGGAAAAAGUUAGAUUCUUUGACAGCCAACCAGGUCACCUGGGAACCCUACAAAUCUCGUAGACAAGCACAACCGUUUCAUGAGAUAACAUACUUUACUGGGAUGUUAAAAUGCUUCGACGUUGUUGAGCCUUACUGUCCUGAGAGGGUACUUAGGCAGUUUGGACGUGUCCAGACAAUUCCAAAGGCACCGUGUGUCCUUCCUCGAAGCACAAGAGCAACUCAUGCAUCAGUUAACAAGUUAUUAUAUGAAUACAUUGAUGGGAUGUGGGAUGGGUGGCAGAAUCAUGUCUUGCAUCAAAAUAACCGAAGCAGCCCAGUUAGCAUUGCAUCAGAUGUUGUCUCGGGGUACUUGGACUGGUACCACAAAGUAUCUCAUCCUUUUGUUCACAACCCAGCACAUAGUACUUCCUCAUUUGACCCACAAUAUACCUCGCACACGUCAUACUAUCAGGAUCGUGUGCAACGUAUCCUGAACAUCACUAGGCGUAUAGUGGACAUGGGGAAGGAAGUUGCAUUGAGAGAUUUCCCUGAUGAUGUCUACAACGCAGUUGAGAGCAUACAAAAUCUUUUAGAGGGUAGAAGUUCGGAUGGAUGACUAUGCGUAAGAACUCAUCAGAUUUGCUAAGGUUGAUGCAUCCGCUUAUGAAGCAGUAGACUCAGAGGGAAUGUCAGCACUUUGUACAAUAAACCCAAGGAAAAAGAGAGCCUACAAGUUUAAGGGAGGUACUCCAAAGUAAUCACGGAUUGUUUUCCUUUUUAGGGAGGAGGGAGGGUUCAGAACAGAAGACGGGCUCUCCGAUGCAGCUUCGGGGGUCUUCUCAAAGGUCUUGCUAAAGUCAGGAUCCGACAUAGAUUGUUUCUUCUGUGACGGGGGAGUACUCAUUCUGGGCGUACUAACCGGAUUUAGUGAGUUGGUUUCGUCUAAUCCUUCAUCUGACGGACACAAACUUCCGGAAACCUUUGAGGUAUGCAUCGUUGAUUCACUCAUCAGAAGCUUUCUACACUCUGCGCUUGGGAUUGCCAUAACUCUUCUUCGAACGGUAGAUGGUGAGCUUGUGCUUGUGGAGUAACUUUUCUGAGAGUUCCAAAUGCGAACCUGUCGAGAUGAAAUAUACAAGUGAAAACUUGAAUCUAAAACGUUAUAGAAAAUGGCAAAUGCAUUGUGAAAAUUGAUAAAUGUACAAUCUUAUAUAUGAACUGUGACUUUGUCUUGCA